CGUGUGAACAGUAACAAUGCCUUUAAUUUGUCAGUUCCUGCGCCGAGCAUGGCUUUUGAGAGGCAGCACCACCAGUUAUAGUGCAUUGAGAGAAAUCAGCCUCUUCUCAGGCACAAUGACAGCGCCCCACUGGAACAAAGUCAUUUCAGAUGCAGAGAAGGUUGUAGGUUAUCCAACGUCCUUCAUGAGCCUCCGCUGCUUACUAAGAGAUGAACUAAACAACAUAGCCAUCCAAGUUAGGAAGCUGGUGGGAACCAAGCAUCCUUUGUUGAACACUGCCAGGACAUUUGUGAAUGACAGUCUAAAAAACCAGAUGCAGAUGCGAGGCCUGGUAGUGCUUCUUAUCUCUAAAGCUGCUGGGCUAAGUAAAUCAGCAGAUCACACAUUCCAGCAUGACCUGGUUAGUGGCAUUUGUGCCAGGCAAAGAACCCUAGCUGAAAUUACUGAGCUGAUCCACACCGCUUUCCUGGUGCACCGUAGCAUUGUAAAUAUUAACGAAUUGAAGGCAUGUGAUGGCCCCAUUAAGGACAUGCAGUAUGGGAACAAAAUGGCAAUUCUUAGUGGGGACUUUCUCUUUGCAAAUGUAUUCGCAGGAUUAGCUGGUUUGCAGAACCCGAAGGUAUUGGAGAUCAUAAGUGGUACCAUAGGUGACAUGGCAAAAGGAAUAUACUAUGAAAAUUCUUAUAUGCCAGAGAACACAUAUACAGAUGUUAAUGGCAUAUCUAACUGGAUGAAGAAUAUUUUCCUCUCUCAUGGUUCGCUGCUGGCAAUGAGUUGUCAAUCUGCAAUGCUACUGGCACAUCAUGAUUCAGAGAUUCAGUCAAGGGCUUUCCAAUAUGGAAAACACAUGUCUAUCAGUUACAAGCUAAGUUCAGACCUGCAGCCAUUCAUCAAUGGGAAAUACAGUGAUUCAUCAUUUUGCUUGAAUUCUGCUCCAGUGAUUCUUCACCAGGAAUUUAUUGGAAGAGAAGCCUGGAUGCAGCAGAUCAAAGAGGCUCAACUGAAAGACAACUUGAUUGACCGUGCAAAGUUGCAAAAGGCAAUCAAGGCUGGCAAAGGUGUAACUUCUGCUAUUGACCUGUGUUGUUACCAUGGAGACAAAGCUCUGGAGGCUCUGCAGUGUUUUCCUGACUCUGAGGCCAGAUCUGCCUUGGAAAACAUUAUUUACGGUGUGACUAGAUUUUCCUGACACUAAAUUGAAACUGAGACUCCUGCUUAUGUUUUUACGGAAAUCCUCUGGAACUCGAGGGCUGCAAAACCUAGAACUGUCACUGCUAGACCCAUUCUGCCUUUUUAUUCAUCCUUUGCCAUUCUCACUCUUUACAAUAUACAGUGGGCAUGAAACCUUUUUUUUUUUUCUUUUUAAUUGCUGCGGACAAAAAUAGAAUGUGAGGGGGAAAAAAAGGUCAAACAGUUUUCUCUUGUCAUGCCAGAAGCACACUUGAGGCUGCACCAGUAGAAAUAAUUAAUGAGGUUUGCUUCUGUGACCUCAGCAAAUGGCCAGGAAAUAAGUCCGUAUUGAUUGGACAUAGCCAGGAGUGGCGCCAGUGUGGUGGCCUGUGGUUUUCCUGCUCCUAGGAGGACAUAAGGGGUGUGAUUCUGCAGGUGGCAGUAGGAAAUCUCUUCUCUGACACUGACAAAAUCAAGACUUUAUUGUAAUAUAGACUCAGCACAUCAAGGACACUCCUAAUUUAUAGAAAACCUGAAAGCGACCAGGCAAUCAGUCAGCUUUUAAUGUUUUAAUAGUCUGUACAUUCAAGUCACUUUUACUAAACACAGCUGAUAAACUGAUAUACAUUAUAUAUAUAUACAGUAUAUUGCCCGUGCAACCGAUGUGUUAUCAGUCCUAGUAAAAUUCCGCCAUGCCUGGAAAAGACUGUUUUUGUCAGAUCCGAAUAAAAUGAAAUGUUAUUACUGAGAAUGUAAUUAAGUGCUAUAUAUUCACUUACAGAUGGGAAUACAGAAUCUGAUUAUAAUACCAGAUAAAGUAGUAUAUGCACCAUUUCAGCUGAAAGUGGUGUCCUCAAAGGUGAUUUACAUUUUUGUAUGACUUCUUCUAAUCAUUUAAAUGGGUAUUGGUACCUUGAAGUAAUAAAACUAUACGAUAAUCAUUUUUUCAUUGGAAUUUGAUUUUAAGUAAUGCCUUAUAUCUGAAUGAAGGAA